AUGAUCCUCUACUUCAACGUCAUCAUCUCCCUGGCAGUCUACGCGCUCGACACCUUCACGGCCGUCAACCUGCUUGCGUUCUCUCGCUGGUCCAGUCAGAUCAAGCCUGCCAUCCCCCUCGACAUCUCCAAGUGGAUCUUCGCCGGGUGUAUCAUCUUCUCGCUCGUGCUGCUCGUCUACCGUUGGCUGCGUGCCAUCAGGGUCAUCAAGUCCGGCGGUAUCGCCCAGUGCUAUCUUGACCCCAUUGCUGUCAAAGUCCAGAGUAUUCGCACCAGUAAACGUGCCUCAGGAUGGAGACGCUUCCUUGUCUUCGCCGAAUUGACCAAGAGUAGGAAGGGAGCAGACUAUGUUGCCAUCUUUACCUACUUCAACUUCGAGGCAUGGUUGAGAGUCAUCUUUGCUCAGGGACCACGCCAGGUCAUCAAUGGAAUCACCCUCUACUCUGUAGCACAGCUCAAUCUUAUCCCAAUCGGCGAACAUGCCGCACCAGAGGGAACUUCGGCAAUCUCCCAGUUCUUCAUCAACAUUGAAGCCCUAGCUGAAAAAGAUAGGCUACAGGCCCUCAUUCUCUUCUCCAUGCUUUUCACUCUCGUUAUCUGGGCCUUCGAGUUUCUCUCUUUCUGUGUCUCCGUGUUGCUUUACUUGCUCUUCCUCUGGCACCAUAUCCCGUCAGAGGAUGGCACGCUUUCGGUCUACUGCCGUCGCAAGAUUAACAGGCGACUCGAACGCAUCGUCAAGAAGAAGGUUGACAAGGCUCUCACGAAUGCUGUUGUCCUGCAAGAUAGGAAGCGCACCAACACCGAUCUAGAAACCGGAGUGGCUUCUAUCAAGCGCAACCCAACCUUGCCCACUCUCCCUUCGGUCAUGGAUCUCAAGCAGCCGCAGCAACCUAAGCUGCCGGAGAUGCCUCCCCUCUCACGCCAGACAACCGUCACUACCUUGCCACCUUAUAGACCACACACAUCCAACACUGAUCGACCGCCGCCUCUGCCAGAAGCUGACUGGGAUGCCCACAACCAUGAACAUGAUCAGUACGACAACGAUUAUAAUGACCAUGAUCAUGACCAGCAUGGUGACCAUGUCAUGGCAUCCUCUAACUCGAUGCACCGAACGCAGUACUCAGAUGACGCCUCUGCUUCCCUAGUAAACAACGCUGGUGGUAUUGGAUACUCGCCGCCGUCGUCGCAAUACAAUUAUCGCCCACCACACCCGCAGCAGCAGCACCAUCAGCAGGACCCAAUGCAGCGUGAAUACACAAAGACGCCCAUGCUGCCGCCCGUCGAACGAUACGGCACUCCGCUAUCUGUAUCCACUGCGUCAGUAUUCAACGCUCAGGGACUCGGUCAAGGCCCAAUGACGCCCGGACCGGGCCCUCGCACUCCUGGACCUCUCACCCCGGGCCCUGGUUCAAUCGGCCGCCAAACCCCAUCGAGCCACCGGCACCACCAACAGCAACAACAACAACAACAACAAGCAUGGGAUGCACCAGAAGUGCCCGAUCUACCAGUACACAGCCCCCAACCAACGCUCCCAUCAAUUUCCCGCCCUGGCACUGCCUUUGCUCCUCCACCAUCCGUAUCUACGCCUGCGCCAUCAUUUAGCCGUGACCGAGAACGUGAAAGAUACGGCCCAUACGAUGGCCCACAGAUGUCUUCCGUCCCACAGAUACCGUCUGCCCCUACGCCAACGCCAAGUGCACCUCCUACGCACGGUAACGGGGCACCGUAUAGAAACUUCGCCCGGCCGUCGCUAGCUCCUUACUCUGCUCCAGGGGGCCAAGACAUGCCACCACGAUCAGAAACCGCACCCUUGCCAUCUCAAGGCCAGUACAGUCAUAGCCAAGUAGGCUACAGUCAAACCGGUAGUCAGGGCCAUGGGCAACAGCCAGAUCUACGGCAGGAACCUCAAUUACCCCAGAUACAACCACCAAAUGGCACACAAAAUGGGUCGCACCCUUCCUUUAACCCAUAA